AAAAUAAAUGUGAUACGCUUCUUACUAUAUUCUCAUGUUAAUUUAUACCUUAAAAGAGCCUCAAAAAAUCAUUGGUUGAAAAUGGGCGAGCCCCUACUUGUCAGAGAUAGGUAAACAAAAUACACCUCCAAGUUGCUGGGUAAGCAUUCUGUGCAAAAUCGGGAUUACUGAAAAGAUGCCACCAAAAAGGAAAGCCGCUGGUGCAGGAGCCAAGGGAGGUAAGAAGGCUAAGACAGAAGCGCCUGCCACCCCAAAGACGAUGAAAGAUGCUGCUGCAGCGCUUAAAGCAGAGGAUAAAAAGUCAGGAGGAAAAAAAUCUCAUAAAAUUGAUUCCUGUUGCACAUUAGGCUCAGGAGAGAUUGUGGAUGACUAUGAUUGUAUGUUGAACCAGACCAACAUUGGACACAACAACAACAAGUUCUAUGUGAUUCAAGUUAUACAAGAUGGAGGUUCAUAUUAUACAUGGAAUAGAUGGGGACGAGUGGGUGAAAAAGGGGCCAAUUCAUUGACAGGGCCCACAGAUUUGGCUUCUGCUGUUAAGGCCUUUGAGAAGAAGUUCAAGGACAAGACAAAGAACAAUUGGGCCCAGAGGGGUUCAUUUAAUCCUGUGGCAGGGAAAUACACUCUGAUCGAAAUGGCAGAUGAUGAUGAAGAUGAUGCUCCUGGACCAUCAGUAAGUUUGUCAACAGCAGGAAAAAAAGUUGCAGGCAGUAAACUGGACAAAACCACUCAAGGACUCCUAAAACUGCUCUUUGACAAUGACAUGUUUAAAGAUUGUAUGAAGAAAUUUGAUAUAGAUGUGAAGAAAAUGCCACUUGGAAAAUUGAGUAAAGGACAAAUUGCAAAAGGUUUUGAAGUUCUUGACGAGAUUGAGAAAGUGCUGGACAAGAAAGGGAAGGGAAAUAUUAAUGAACUCUCAUCGAAAUUCUACACAGUUAUUCCCCAUGAUUUUGGACGUAAUGUACCUCCCCCAAUAAACACCCUUGAAAAACUUAGACAAAGAAUGGAUAUGCUUCUGGUACUUGGUGAUAUUGAGAUAGCUCAAAGUAUGAAGAAGGAAAAAGACAAGCAGAUGGAAGCCGAGAAAGGUGAUAUGCUUCCUAAUCCAAUCGAUGUAGAAUAUGGUCUCCUGAACUGUGACCUCGAACUUGUGGACAAAAAAUCUGAUGAAUUUAAGAAAAUACAGACAUAUACUAGUAACACUAGUGGAUCAGGUUAUUUCUACCGUGGUAAUGCUAAAAUAAAAGAUGUUUGGAAAGUGGGCAGAAUAGGGGAGGAUAAAAGAUUUAAGGAGCAUGAUAAGAUAACUAAUCGUAAACUGUUAUGGCACGGUACUAAUGUCGCAGUUGUUGCAGCCAUUUUGAAGAGUGGUCUCAGAAUUAUGCCUCACAGUGGUGGUCGAGUCGGAGCCGGAAUCUACUUUGCGUCAGAAAACUCGAAAUCUGCUGGAUAUGUUGGAACAGUGGGAAAGACUGGUAUAAUGUUCCUAAAUGAAGUGGCACUGGGAAAAGAGAAACAUGUUGCCACCAACCAGAGUCAUCUGAAAGCGGCCCCAGCUGGAUAUGAUUGUGUAAUAGCACAGGGAAACAAUGAACCAGAUCCGAAACAGCAUACAACUUUGACUCUUGAUGGUAAGAAAGUAGUGGUACCACAGGGGAAACCCAUUCCCAAUCCAGGCUGGAGUCACAGUCAUUUUGAUCAGAGUGAAUACCUUAUUUACAAGGAAAGUCAAAACCGCAUACGUUACCUGCUACUCUGUGAAUUCUAAUCAAAAUUAUGC